AUGGAUUUAUCCGGUCCCCUCAACACCGACAAUGCGAUAUCCAACGGGUCAUUUCUCGCGACGGGCAUUUCUCUCACCGUGAUUACCACCUUAUUCAUCGCCGUUCGCUUGUUUGUUAGCAUUAAGCAGAUUGGCAACUUUUGGCUCGACGACUAUGCGAUGGUGGUUGGGCUGGGAUUCUUGGUAGCGACCUUUGUCCUUACCUACGAACAACAAGCUCUCACGGAGAAGGUGUUUCUCAAAGUCAAGGAAAUGACAACGGACGAGCUGCCACUGCUAAUUCCCGAUUUACUGGCCAUUCACAAGGUUGGACUGGGCAGCCUGGUCGUCUCCAAUCUGAGCACGUGGUUCACGAAAGCGCCGCUCCUGCUCCUGCUCAACCGAAUAUUCGGCAUCAAGAACUGGCUCAAGAUAUUCGUCUACAUCACGCUCGCCGUGUCGCUACUCAUUGUCGUCGGCAUCACGGGCUACAGCGGCAGACUCUGCGACCCCAAGGGCCAAUGGAGCCCCGAGUUCACCGUCGGGUGCAUGGACGCCGGCGCCAUCGGGAACCUGAUUUGCGGCUGCGUCGGUCUGGCAGUUGACAUUGUCAUCUUUAUCCUUCCCAUCCCCAUGAUCAUGCAGCUUCACCUCCCACUGAGAAAGAAGAUUGGUGUGAUUGUGGUGUUUGCUACAGGGUUCAUGGGCAUUGCUGCUGGUAUCGUCGGCACGUAUUCGCGAGUCAAGACGUUGAACGGAAGCGCCGCGGACCGCCAGAUCUCGACACUCUGUGUGAUUCUCGAGGCCACCGUGACCAUUGCCGUCGGCUGCGUGCCCGCCCUGUACUACGUCUGGCGCACCAUCAUCUCCAAGAACCCCUAUGUCGCCAAGUUUGUCACGAGAGCGACGACCCGCGCCACCCGGACGAGAACGCAAAAGAAGCGAACGCAUCUCAACUCCCGGGUUGAGCAGAUUGACGAGCGGGGGCUGCAGUCCGAGCGAGCUCUGGAGUCGAGCUACGACGGGUACAUACGGAUGGGCACGCCCAAGAAGAGCCACGAGAUGGAGAACAUGGAGCAUGCGGAGAGGGACCCUUGGGAUGCGCGAGCCGGGGGCGAUGACUCUGUCCCAAGAUCAUACUGGGUCGUGCAGACUGGAGCACAAGAACGAUGA